GACUGUCGUUGUAAACGAGGUGGCUCUAAACCUUCCGCCACCCUCCCACACCAACCGAAACCAAGAUCUAUCAUUCAUUUCACUCGCAGCCUCCCUUUAUAAACACUAGUAAAUACCCCGUCGACAAACUCUCUUACCGUCUCUCUCUUCCUUUCUCUCUGCGUAAUUUCGUCGAACACAAACGGUGCAAUAAAGAGAGAGAAGGGGGUUGCAAUAAAGAGAGAGAAGGGGAGGGAGGGAGAUUGAAUCGAAUCGAAUCCCUGAUUGAAUUGAUUCGAAUCAGAUCUUACCAGGAUGCAGCAAGCCAACGGAGGUGAUCAAAAGCCACCACCUCCAUCCCAGCAACAGCAUCCGUGGGUUCCAUAUCAACAGCAGCAGCAGCAGCAGCAAUGGAUGGCGGCUAUGACGUACCCGGCGGCCGCCAUGGCUAUGAUGCAGCAACAGAUGAUGAUGUACCCGCAGCAUUACAUGGCCUACUAUCAGCAGCAGCAACAACAACAGCAAUAUCACCAAAAACAGCAAAGUUUUCAAAAUCAACAACAACAACCGAAAUCUAACGAAGAUGUUAGAACUAUCUGGGUCGGUGACCUUCAGCACUGGAUGGAUGAGACUUACCUCCAUAGCUGCUUUGCACACACUGGAGAGGUUUCUUCUGUAAAAAUUAUACGCAAUAAGCAAACUGGUCAACCCGAUGGGUAUGGAUUUGUUGAAUUUUCUUCUCGGGCAACAGCUGAGAAAAUUUUGCAGAGCUAUAAUGGUUCUAUGAUGAUGCCAAAUACAGAGCACCCCUUCCGCCUGAAUUGGGCAAGUUUUAGUGCGGGUGAUAAGCGCACAGACGCUGCUCCUGAUCUUUCCAUUUUUGUAGGAGAUUUGGCACCAGAUGUGACUGAUGCUAUGUUGCAGGAAACCUUUGCUAGCAGAUUUUCAUCUAUCAAAGGUGCAAAAGUUGUUGUUGAUUCAAAUACUGGACGUUCAAAGGGUUAUGGCUUUGUUAGGUUUGCUGAUGAAAAUGAGAAGACUAGGGCCAUGUCUGAGAUGAAUGGUGUUUAUUGUUCAAGUAGGCCCAUGCGCAUAGGUGUUGCAACUCCAAAAAAAUCAACUGGAUAUCAACAACAAUAUUCUUCACAAGCUGUGGUUUUGGCUGGCGGACAUGCCGCAAACGGUUCGAUGGGUCAAGGAUCCCAAUCUGAUGGCGAGUUGAAUAACACAACGAUUUUUGUUGGGGGAGUUGACUCUAAUGUCACGGAGGAGGAUCUUAGGCAGCCUUUUUCGCAGUUUGGUGAAGUUGUCUCUGUGAAGAUACCAGUUGGAAAGGGAUGUGGGUUUGUGCAAUUUGAUACCAGAAAAAGUGCUGAGGAUGCACUGCAGAGUUUGAACGGUACAGUUAUUGGCAAUCAGACAGUUCGUCUUUCUUGGGGUCGCAGUCCUGGUAACAAGCAGUGGAGAGGCCUUUUAAAAAAUUAUAACAUGCAAAUAAUCAUGGUCUUCCAUUCCAGGGCAUUUGACUUUGGGAUGAACAAAGAUUCUGGUCAGACAAACCUAUGUUUUCUGGUGUGUGAUUAACCAUUUCCCUAAAUAACAUCGCCCCUUUUGAUAAUGAGAUGAUGCUGUACAUCAUACAGGAGUGCAACGUUUUGCAUUUUUUUACUUUGUGUAUAUACUAUUGAGUAUUGAAUUUGGUAAUUAUGACAGUGUUCUCUUUUUUAACUUGGGUAUCUGGCAGAAGUUGUGUAAUAAGUCGUGAUGAGUUUAGAUAACAAAUUUAUCUGUAAGAUUCAUAGUCUUAAGUUGGUACUUCAAGUAAAUUUUCGCGGAGGAUUUUUGUAUAAUUGUAUUCCUGUAUGCCAACAAUUUUUUUAUUGAUAUUAUUUUGGCAAUGACUGUCUUCAACAUUUCUUACAUUUUCUUCCCAUAUUCUCAUCGUAGUUCCUUUUUCUUGUUCCUAGAGCUGUAUUGAAUAUAGAAGUUGAAUGUUUAUUGCUCUGGUAAAUAUCAGGACCACAAAUGACCAACCUUACCCAUGAUAUUUUGUCUU